AUGUUCGGCGAGGAGAUGUGGUUGGUCCCGGGAAGAAUCCCCGGAACUUCCCGGAUGAGGUCUACUUCCACCUGGCGGAGCAGAUUCGCCAAAGCUUGCCCCAGGCAAAGGUGCGCGUCUUCAGUACCACCAAAGAGGCUCAGGCCGCUGUGGACUUCUCUGGUUACCACGAAAGAGACAUGGCCGUGCACCUUGAUGGCGAUGAAGUUGACGACUGGGCACACAUGGUGCAAGCAGACGUUCUCGUUCUGGCGCCCAGCUCAUUCUCGUGGGUGGCUGGCCUCCUCAACCCGAAGUGUGUGCUAG